AUGGCUCCUUCCAUUUUUCCACUAGAUAUAUCUGUUUCUGACCCGUUUACUGAAAUUCCUGCUGACAUGCUUCUCUUUCAAAUAUGCGUUCCAUUCGCUAUUGAGCAUUUUCAGCUGCGGACUACUAUCAAAUCCCUCCUACGAUAUUGGUUUAUUGCCGUUGGUUGGGCACUUGGUUUAACAGAUAUUUUACUCCCAAAGCCAGAGGACAAUCGUGGCCUUGGAGAUAGAUAUGGAGUUCCUGGGAGACAGGAUAGGGAACAUGCAUGCUUUGCCGAGGAGUACGGCAAUGACGAACCAGCUGAUCCAGAGUGGAACUUCGAGCUUCGCAUCGUGCUGCUGUUGUUGGUGGCUUGGAUGAUUCUACAUGUCUUCAACUCCAUGUUGAUAGUUAGACCUGUUACAACUGGACAAGCAGUCUUCUACUCCCUCCCGACAACACAUAGCAUCAAGUGCAACGGAGACGAAGUACUGGAGUUUUGCUUGGUCAGAUUUGGAAAUGGUAUGGCAUUAUUGUCAAGAGUUCUGUGCUGUUGUCAAUAUGGGCAAGAAUGGAUAUUUGUCAUUCAUGUGUUAAUUGGACUGGCAUUUGAACUUCUGGUGAUCGUUCCUAUGCAGGUUCCUGUAGAUGAGAGUCCAGUAUUCCAUUUGCAUCAGGAUUGGGCUCUGGGUCUAAUCUUUCUGAAGUUUUGGACUAGGCUGGUCAUGCUCGAUCAUGCUGGUGGAUUAGAGCUGCAAGAUGCAGUGUUUGGCUACCCAUUAGUCAUGAACUCAACAAUGUAUCGAUUUGCCUUGGAUUCAGUUUGCUGUGCUUCUGUGCUAAACGGUUUCAUGUACGUCUCACCAACUUCCACAAUUCAAUACGUGAUGACCGAUAAUUGA